UUGCGCGCCGCCCGCCCCUUCCUCUUCCUCGGCGCUGCCUCCGGAGGUGGCUGCCCUCUCCUGCUCGUGGCAUCAUGGCCGCCCUCAGACCUCUGGUGAAGCCCAAGAUCGUCAAAAAGAGGACCAAGAAGUUCAUCCGCCACCAGUCUGACCGAUAUGUCAAGAUUAAGCGUAACUGGCGGAAACCCAGGGGCAUUGACAACAGGGUGCGGAGGAGAUUUAAGGGCCAGAUCUUGAUGCCCAACAUUGGUUAUGGGAGCAACAAGAAAACAAAGCACAUGCUGCCCAGUGGAUUCCGGAAGUUCCUGGUCCACAACGUCAAGGAGCUGGAAGUGCUGCUCAUGUGCAACAAGUCUUACUGCGCCGAGAUCGCCCACAAUGUUUCCUCCAAGAACCGAAAAGCCAUCGUGGAACGAGCAGCCCAGCUGGCCAUCAGAGUCACCAAUCCCAACGCCAGGCUGCGCAGUGAAGAAAACGAGUAGAUGGCUCACAUACACCUUUUAUUUGUGCUUAAAUAAACCACAGAAACUGCUA